CAUAUCCUUUUUUUCCUUGCACGUGGCAUGUUAUGAUUGGCUGGUUUUUCUUGUGUGCUUUGCUUGGACACGUCAGUAUAGUCUUAGCUUUGGAGUUUUUCUUUUUCUUUUUCUAUUUUCAGUUUCGUACUUUAGAUGUUAUGUAAAAAACUCACUUGACAGAUAAUAGAAAUGUAGCUAAAUAAUCUAAACAGAUAAGAAAAGCCUUAUUUCAAAUGAACCAGUGACUGUUUAACUACUCAUAUUUUGAUGUCAUUCUACUCUAUGUGAAGUGGGAUAACUGUUUAACUACUCUUUGAACAACCUUAUUGAUCAAGAAUGACAGAGCUCUUGAACAGCAGUUUCAGUCAAUUUUGCUUGAACUCAAUCAAGAUUAAGUCUUUUAGAGCAACUGAAGCAAGAACAUUAACACCAAGACCAUUCAAAUGCUCGUUAACUGAAGAUAAACAACGUGCUAUAGUUAAGAAUGGGAAAGAUUCACUGGAUAUUUGUAGAGUUGCCAAUGGGAUGUGGCAGACUAGUGGCGGAUGGGGAAGAAUCGAACGAGACAGUGCAGUUGAUGCUAUGCUUCAAUAUGCUGAUGCUGGACUUAACACUUUUGACUUGGCUGACAUAUACGGACCCGCCGAAGAUCUUUAUGGCAUCUUUAUUAAUAGAGUACGCAGAGAACGCCCACCGGAACUUCUAGAAACUGUGAGAGGGCUUACCAAAUGGGUGCCACCACCGGUCAAGAUGACCCGCAGUUUUGUCGUUCAGAACAUUGAUGUUUCAAGGAAAAGGAUGGAUGUUGCAUCCUUGGACAUGCUUCAAUUUCAUUGGUGGGACUACUCUAAUUCUGGUUACCUAGACGCACUAAAGCAUCUUACAGAUCUCAAAGAAGAAGGCAAGAUUAAGACCAUUGCUUUAACUAAUUUUGACACUGAGAGAUUAAGGAUAAUUCUGGAAAAUGGGAUUCCGGUUGUUAGCAAUCAGGUACAACAUUCACUUGUUGACAUGCGUCCUCAACAGAAAAUGGCAGAGCUUUGUCAGCUUACAGGAGUCAAACUAAUAACGUAUGGAACAGUAAUGGGAGGAUUAUUAUCAGAAAAGUUUCUUGAUACCAACUUAUCGAUACCAUUCGCUGCCCCUCCAUUGAACACCCCUUCACUACAGAAGUACAAAAGGAUGGUUGAUGCUUGGGGAGGAUGGAGUCUCUUUCAAGAGUUGCUCAGGACACUGAAAACGGUGGCCAGCAAACAUGAAGUCUCUAUUCCAACAGUUGCCGUGAAGUACAUACUAGAUCAGCCAACUGUGGCAGGAUCGAUGGUAGGUGUUAGGCUUGGUCUGUCGGAACACAUUAAAGAUGUCAAUGCUGUGUUUUCUCUGGUUCUUGAUGAAGAAGACAUUAGCAGCAUCCUACAAGUCACAAACAAGGGUAAAGAUCUUCAAAAAGUUAUUGGCGAUUGCGGGGAUGAAUACAGGCGUGCUUAGAGCCAUUAAAAGGGACAUUGUCUCUUUGCUAUACACUUGUACCUAUGAAAAAUGUCAUUGCAGGCAUUGUUGAGUUGUGGAUACUGCAGGCUUGGAAAUUGCAAAACAAAGUCUUGUGUAACUCUUUCUACUCUAAAAUGUAUUUUAUAAGUUCUAUUUAUAGAAAGGUAAGAAUCAUUGUUUUCAACAGGAAACUAGAAAUGUAUCUUGGAAUGGAUAAAGAGCCUUCUCAGUUGUACGUACUAAGAAGAAUGACAAAGUCCUCCCUUGAGAAGUAAUAUUUUGGUUUGGUUUUGUUUGUACA